CUUCGGUAUAUAAAGGCGACUUGGUUCCACACAAAAUCAUCAGUUCCUUUUCUGAAGUGUUCAAAUCAUCUUCUCUCUGCAGCAUGAAUAAAUUCGUCGUUUUAGCCGCUUUGAUUGUCGUGGUGGUGGCAAAGCCACAAGGCUAUGGUUCAGGAGCCGGGCAACAACAACAGGGCUACGGUGGACAAGCUGGUCAACAGCAACAGCAACAACAGGGUUACGGAGGCCAGUCUGGUGCCUCUCAACAAGGUUAUGGGGCUCAGGCAUCAGCUAGCACCGGAGCUGGUCAGGGUUAUGGUGCUCAAGGAGGAUCCACUCAGCAGCAACAGGGAUACGGUGGCGCUCAGUCUGGAGGUGCUGGUGGAGCUGCAUCAUAUGGCGGUGCAUCAAGUGGACAGCAGAAACCAACCAACACCUACAACGGAAAUGGUAACGGAAACUCAAAACCUUCUGCGUCCGCUUCAUCUUACGAACAAGAGCAACCCCCGAUGCCCUAUGAAUUCGCCUGGGAAGUUAAGGACGAGCCAACUAAGAAUGACUACGCCCAUGAAGCCAAGAGCGACGGUAAAGUUGUGACUGGUUCUUACCGCGUUCUUCUCCCUGAUGGCCGCACUCAAAUUGUUUCUUACCGCGCUGAUGAAAACGGCUACGUCGCUGAUGUGAAAUACGAAGGCGAAGCCCAAUUCCCCGCACCAUCCGGAGGCAACGGCAACUAUGGAGCUGGAGCAUCAGCUGGAGCUGGAAAUGGCAGUAAUAACUACGGAGCCGGAACUGGAAACGGUGGCAACAACUACGCAAGCAGUGGCAACGGAAAUGGAAGCGCAAAACCAAAUGGAAACAAACCCAACUCCUAUUAGUUCUACGAAAUUAAAUGUUUGUGUGUUGCGCAAUUCAAAAUAUUUGUAUAUUAAAUAAAUUUUAAAUCUACUUAA